AUGGUUUGCAAGCAGCUUAGCUGCUGGCGUGGUAGGUGCACAUCGUGUGUUCGUCGUCAACAACAGCACCAAGAUUUAUCAGCACCUCAUGAUGAGAAUUUAAAUGAUGAUUCUCAGCAAAAUUCAACAACCGUCAACACAACUUCACAAUCGGCUGUUUCUUGCUCACGAAACAAACCGAAAGUCAAUUCGGUGCCUCCACUGCUGAAACGUCGACUGCACGACGGUCUGUUAUGUGUUGCCCUAUGUGCGUUGACGAAGCACGUAUUCGGCCUGUUGUUUACGAUUGUCGUCGUUUGCCUGCUAGCACUGUGUGCUCCUAUUGUUCUUCUUUCUCGACUCAUCAUAUUCCUCAAAAAUCGAUUCACGCAUCGCUCUUCGUCACCACACAAUCGCUGUGAUGCGUGGUGGCCUUUACAAGGAAAUGUACCAUUCCGAGCCGUUCUCACCACACAAACGGCGUUUGAUCCGAAUAUUGUUGAGUUGCAAGUAUUGUCGAGGAUAUUUAUGAAUGAUGAGCGAAAGAGUUGUCAGUGUCAUGCAUACCGCGAUAUCGAACAAAGCGGUUCAGCACCUGAUGUACGAUAUUGGGAUCAGCAGAAGACACGCUUAAAAGUGAUCAGUGAUUUGGUUUCAGUGCUCAACGAACCGUCCUCACUUCUCAAUUCUAUUCAUUCUCGUUCCACUUUAUUGAUUGUACCAAAUUUUGCAAAUACCACAAAUCACGACAACUCUUAUUGUUUAACGUUAAUAACGCACGACUGCUACAGUUUCACAUUUUGCUUGCCUCGGCUGCUAUCACUUUAUACAGAUGGUGGAUUGGUAUUCGAUAUUGAGCCAAAAAUGGGAGAAUCGUUCUCACCGCAACGCUUCGAAACGAAUCUCAUAAUCACGUUAUGUCAAACAAUUGCACAAACAGUACAAUUUACAUGCGUAGGACCUUUAUCAAUAGCCGCAAUGUGCCUUCGUGCAACGAAUCCCAUUUGGAGAGAACUGAUCAUCGAAACACAUUCGCCGAGCAGGAUAGCGAACGAUACGAUGGAUAAUGGUGAUGAGUCUGUGCUGAUGGAAAAUUUGAAUAAAUGCGACAGUAACACAGCUGGCUAUCGAGUGUUAUGUUUUUCAGGUGAUAAGCGUUUGUAUAGAUGGAUAAGGUUAUCAGAUACUGAUCAGUUGCUUCGCGCUGAGCGCAUUCUGCGUGCCGCAACGAUCGAGUUAUUUUUGGCAUUUGUCGCUGGUGCUGUUCGACGUCAUUUUCGUUCUUCAGGUAUAGCACAUCCGCCCGACAUCGGUGCCACAGUUCCGGUUUCAUGUCGUGAAUAUAUACCUGUGGAAGCACAUAAACCAUGUGAUAUGAUCUUGUUACCGCUGCAAGUACCGUGCGGUGUUGAGGGCACCAUACCGCGGGUUUGGGCUGUUCAGAGACGUCUAGCCGGUGCGCUCGAUGGUGUCUUACCGUUGACAUUACGUCUUUCAAGAUUCCUUUGUGAGCGAAGACAUUUCUUCAAAACCACAAACUUGAACAAUUGGUUGUUGAAAAUGCGAUCUUCAAUAAAAUUAGCUCGAUUUUCAGCGGAAGUUUCCUUUUCCAGUUCAUUGAGUCGUCGAUUGUUUUCAUCGCUCUAUACCGACAAUUCAAUAGUGGUGAGCUUGUUCCGCGCGAGUGGUGAUAUUGAGUUGGAUUCGAAUCGUAUUCAGUCGAUAUUGUUCUAUCCGUCUUUACCGGAUUCUGUAAAAUCAGCAUUCACGUUUGUUCAAUGUGGUAACGACAUCAUGCUCAGUGUUUCGGUUAAUGCCGUAUGCUUUCCUGACCCAGAUCAGUUACUUGUUCAUUUCAAGGUAAUGCAUUGUUACAUUCGUACUGUUUCCUCAGCAAGAAAUGAUUUCAUUCAGAUACAUCAAAUUGAUAACAGUGCAUUACAAUCGCUUUCAAAAUGGCAUGCUGAAUUACGGUGUUUAUUAGAGCAGUUAUCGAUGAAAUUAUUAACACUGAGUCAAACGACCUUUCUGCCCAUGCGAGUACCGUUUAUACGAGACAGUGCCGUUGAAGCGUCAGUCAGCACAAAACCUGCUGCAUUCGGCAACGAAUCAUCCACCACAUCAGUCAGCAUCGUUGAUGAUGAUCAAAACAUUGAUAUUGAGAACUGCAGCGUUGAACAGCUGCAAGUAUUGCUUCGUAACGUUCAAGCUGAAUUGGAUAGUAUACGAAAUAACCCUCAUGUAAGUCAAAGUUUUCGUUCGUUCCAAUCAUACUCUACCAGUGAUAAAAAUAAAUACUCUGUCACUUCACUCAAUAGUAAUAGUGAUAUUCAGAUCGAUCGAAGUGAAUACAUCAAUAAACUGAGUGAAUUGGAAAGUCGAAUGCGAAUAUUUCAUGAGAGUAUGGCUACUCGUCUGAGGGCACCAAUUUGUGUGCCUAUACUUGAGAGUGCGGAAUUGGCAACGAAUGCUGUCGCUGAACUUUUAGCACCAUACAGACAAGAGAAUGGUACCGUUUUGAAUUGA